AUGAUAAAACCUGAAAUUGUGGAACUCUCUGUGAAUUCUUCACUUCUGAAUCCAAACUUUGAUGGUUAUAAGCUUUCAUUAGAUUCUUUACCCAUAUACGAUUCGAUUCUUGAGUUUCCAGUCGUUCAGUACCGAACUUCAGAUGAGCAGUUCUCUCUGCAUCAUACCAAAAUAGUGGCUAAUGCACCUUCCUUAUUCUACAAUAGCUUUCAUUCAAAUGAAGAUCAAUCAGUCUUUUUUGUUGUUGGAGCUGAUAACGCUGUUUACCAUACCAUUUUCUCAGUAUCUAGGAAAAAAUGGACGCCACCAACGAAAGUAAUAACCUUCCAAAGAGAAGAGAGCUCUUUGUCUUACCCAGCAAGCAUAUUUUUCUGUUCUAAGACUAUGGCCAUCAUAUCCAAUGGCUUGGGUGCUCUUUCAUUCUAUCAUUUGGAGAAUGAAGGCAAUUCUUGGAAGGAAGUUCAUUCAUUCCGAGACUCUGACAUUGGCAACUUCUAUACGGUUGAUUGUAGGCUUAAGGAUGAUAAGAUCCAUAUUCUUUUACAAUUCGUGAUGCAUAAGGACAAUAUCCAAGAGGAAACUGCUGCUAACUAUGUCAAUCGUUUUGUCACUCUUGAAUUCGAGGCUAAUGGCUUCGAUAUUCUGAAUAAACAUGAGUUUUGGACCAAAGGCAUCGUUGAGAGUGCCACCUUUGAUGAAAGUUGUGAUAAUAUAGUUGUGCUUUCUUCGGACAAGCCAAUGUGCAAGGGACAGAGCCACAGUACUCUUAAAUCAGUUAACAAGGAUGAUGUACUUCCUAGCGAAUCUACCAAGCCUUUAUACAUUUGGUCUGAAAAAAACGACGAAGUUACAGUUGUGAUCCAUUUGGAAGAGAAAGUUAAGAAGGAAGACGUGAAGUUUAAUAUAACCGAGUCUCAAUUAAGCCUUGGAGUUGGGGAAACAGUACUGCUUGCUGGACAACUAGGAGGUCCCGUCAGAACUAACGAUUCUUUGUGGACUCUAGAUGAAGGAAAUAUUUUGGAGAUCACCCUGACUAAGCUGAUCAGCACAACAAAAUGGAGUUAUCUGAUUGCUGGAGAUACUAGAGGAAAAUUUGAAUUGGAUCCGGAAUUGUUGAGUAACGCUGAAGAGUUGCUUCAGAAAUUCACGAGCGAAUCUAUGUCUUUGGGAGAAUCUGGUGCAAAUAUGAAUUUCAAUAAUGAUCAGCUAGAAGAAUGCGACCAUACGGAUGAGCAAUUCUUCUCAGUAUAUUGGUAUAGUCCACGAGACGAAUUCGCCAUAAAACAGUGUGAUGUUACUGGAAAUCAAUUUUUAUUUGCAACGCAACCUUACUCAAAUGAAUCAACACGCUUUUGUCUCCGUUAUGAUGUAGACGGAGUUCUCCUAACGGGAGAUAAAUCGAAACUUGAUCACAUUGCUACCUUCAAUGCUCUUGGUUAUGUUCAGGCGUCUAAAUCACUCCGUAGAUGGACUGGAUGCUCUCCGGACUAUUCCUAUGCUGUUAUUGCCGAAGGUAGCAAUCAUGUCUUUUUCUAUUGGCAAAUGGAUCAAGUCAGCUCAGACUUACGCAAUAGAAAAACUCAGCAAAAGAUAAGCUCUGUAGCAAAGCAACAGGUUAUCUCUCUGAGAAAUCGGCACGACCCUUCGGCAUUGACCACAUCCAGUGUGGAUCUCACUAUAUUGGCUAUGCGGCCAUUGAACAAUGUCUUUGUUUUCUUGACUGGUGACAGGAUCUAUUCCGUUUUGUUAAACUAA